CUCCCCAGUCUCUUCCCCAACUCUCCCCACCCCUUACGCUCUCCGCCCCGCUUGCCUCCUGUCCUUCCCCUCCCGCUCCACCCGGGUCGCUGACGGCUGUCUCUGGACUGGACAGCGGUGACUGCUGCUUUUCUCUGAGGUACCCGGUAAAGUUUCACAGAAGCCGGGGAGGGGAGCAGCGGAGCAGCGGCACCGACUCUGGAGGAGCGCUGGUGUUCGCAGCCGCUGGGUGAAGGAGGAGGGUCCAAGAGCUGGAGACCUGCCUUAGCUGCCGCGCUUGUCUUGCUCUCUGGGGUGGCGCCGCCCCCCGUUGCCCUGGGCUUCCUCUGCCUUGAGGGGCUGGACAUAGGGAUACCUCCAACUUUCCAGUGUUUCAGACGGAAGUUUUUUAUUGAAACUGGAAGACCAGAAGAAUUACAAACAUGUUGUGCUGGGGAAAUGCAUCUUUUGGACAGCUCGGUUUAGGCGGAAUUGACGAAGAAAUUGUACUAGAGCCCAGAAAAAGUGACUUUUUUAUAAAUAAGAAGGUCCGAGAUGUGGGAUGUGGACUCAGACAUACUGUAUUUGUUCUGGAUGAUGGAACAGUAUACACAUGUGGAUGUAAUGAUCUAGGACAGCUAGGUCAUGAAAAAUCCAGAAAGAAACCAGAGCAGGUUGUUGCCCUGGAUGCUCAAAAUAUCGUAGCUGUUUCAUGUGGAGAAGCUCAUACAUUAGCACUAAAUGACAAAGGCCAGGUGUAUGCUUGGGGUCUCGAUUCUGAUGGACAGCUUGGCCUGCUAGGAUCAGAGGAAUGUAUCAGAGUACCCAGAAAUAUUAAAAGUUUGUCAGAUAUCCAGAUAGUACAGGUUGCUUGUGGUUACUAUCAUUCACUUGCACUUUCUAAAGCAAGUGAAGUCUUCUGUUGGGGACAAAAUAAAUAUGGCCAGUUGGGUUUAGGCAUUGACUGUAAAAAGCAAGCUUCACCACAGCUGAUUAAAUCUUUGCUUGGAAUUCCUUUCAUGCAAGUUGCAGCAGGAGGAGCUCAUAGUUUUGUACUCACCCUUUCUGGAGCUAUUUUUGGAUGGGGUCGCAACAAAUUUGGUCAACUAGGUCUUAAUGAUGAAAAUGAUAGGUAUGUUCCUAAUUUACUAAAGUCACUAAGAACUCAGAAAAUAGUUUAUAUUUGUUGUGGAGAAGAUCAUACUGCUGCACUAACCAAGGAAGGUGGAGUGUUUACUUUUGGAGCUGGAGGGUAUGGUCAGUUGGGUCAUAACUCGACCAGUCAUGAAAUAAAUCCAAGGAAAGUUUUUGAACUUAUGGGAAGCAUUGUCACUCAAAUUGCUUGUGGAAGGCAGCACACUUCUGCUUUUGUUCCUUCAUCAGGACGAAUCUAUUCUUUUGGACUUGGUGGUAAUGGGCAGCUAGGAACUGGUUCAACAAGCAACAGGAAAAGUCCUUUCACUGUGAAAGGAAAUUGGUUUCCUUAUAAUGGGCAGUGUCCACCAGAUAUUGAUUCUGAAGAAUAUUUCUGUGUGAAAAGAAUUUUCUCAGGUGGAGAUCAAAGCUUUUCACAUUACUCUAAUCCUCAGAACUGUGGGCCACCAGAUGACUUUAGAUGCCCUGAUCCUUCAAAGCAAAUCUGGACUGUGAAUGAAGCUCUAAUUCAAAAAUGGCUGAGCUAUCCCUCUGGAAGAUUUCCUGUGGAGAUAGCCAAUGAAAUAGAUGGAACAUUUUCUUCCUCUGGUUGUCUAAAUGGAAGUUUUCUGGCUGUUAGCAAUGAUGAUCACUAUAGAACAGGCACCAAAUUUUCAGGAGUUGAUAUGAAUGCUGCUAGGCUUUUAUUUCACAAACUUAUACAGCCUGAUCAUCCUCAGAUAUCUCAGCAGGUGGCAGCUAGUUUGGAAAAGAAUCUUAUCCCUAAAUUGACUAGCUCCUUACCUGAUGUUGAAGCAUUGAGGUUUUAUCUUACUCUACCAGAAUGUCCCCUGAUGAGUGAUUCCAACAAUUUUACAACAAUAGCAAUUCCCUUUGGUACAGCUCUUGUGAACCUAGAAAAGGCACCACUGAAAGUACUUGAAAACUGGUGGUCAGUGCUUGAGCCUCCACUGUUCCUCAAGAUUGUAGAACUUUUUAAGGAAGUUGUGGUACAUCUUUUGAAACUCUACAAGAUCGGCAUUCCGCCUUCUGAAAGAAGAAUUUUCAACAGUUUUCUUCAUACUGCAUUAAAGGUUUUAGAAAUACUGCAUAGGGUAAAUGAGAAAACUGGACAGAUUAUACAGUAUGAUAAAUUUUAUAUACAUAUACAUGAAAUUUUGAUAGACAUAAGGAAUGAUUAUAUCAACUGGGUCCAGCAGCAGGCCUAUGGAAUGGAUGUCAACCAUGGAUUAACUGAGUUGGCAGAUAUCCCUGUUACAAUCUGCACGUAUCCAUUUGUAUUUGAUGCCCAAGCAAAAACUACUCUGUUACAAACAGAUGCAGUCUUACAGAUGCAGAUGGCUAUUGAUCAGGCCCAUAGACAGAAUGUCUCCUCUCUUUUUCUCCCGGUGAUUGAGUCUGUGAAUCCCUGCUUAAUUCUAGUUGUGCGUAGAGAAAAUAUUGUAGGAGAUGCAAUGGAAGUCCUUAGGAAAACAAAGAAUAUAGACUACAAAAAGCCACUCAAGGUUAUAUUUGUUGGAGAAGAUGCUGUUGAUGCAGGAGGAGUACGCAAAGAAUUUUUCUUGCUCAUCAUGAGGGAAUUAUUGGAUCCUAAAUAUGGCAUGUUUAGGUAUUAUGAAGAUUCCAGGCUCAUUUGGUUUUCUGAUAAGACAUUUGAAGACAGUGAUUUGUUCCAUUUGAUUGGUGUUAUUUGUGGAUUAGCAAUUUAUAAUUUUACUAUUGUGGACCUCCAUUUUCCUUUGGCUUUAUAUAAGAAACUGCUGAAAAAGAAGCCAUCCUUGGAUGAUUUGAAGGAACUAGUGCCUGAUGUUGGGAGAAGCAUGCAACAGUUAUUGGAUUAUCCAGAAGAUGAUGUCGAGGAAACAUUUUGUCUUAAUUUUACGAUCACAGUUGAAAACUUUGGUGCAACAGAAGUGAAAGAGCUGGUUCUAAAUGGUGCAGACACAGCUGUUAACAAACAAAAUCGGCAAGAGUUUGUUGAUGCUUAUGUGGAUUACAUAUUCAAUAAAUCAGUGGCUUCCUUGUUUGAUGCUUUUCACGCGGGCUUUCAUAAGGUCUGUGGAGGAAAGGUCCUUCAGCUUUUCCAGCCAAAUGAACUACAGGCAAUGGUUAUUGGAAAUACAAAUUAUGAUUGGAAGGAACUGGAAAAGAAUACUGAAUACAAAGGGGAGUAUUGGGCAGAACAUCCAACGAUAAAAAUGUUUUGGGAAGUAUUUCAUGAAUUGCCGUUGGAAAAGAAAAAACAAUUUCUGUUAUUUUUGACAGGUAGUGAUCGCAUUCCUAUUCUUGGUAUGAAGAGUUUAAAACUAGUCAUCCAGUCAACAGGAGGUGGCGAGGAAUAUCUCCCAGUUUCCCAUACCUGUUUUAAUCUUCUGGAUCUUCCAAAAUAUACAGAAAAAGAAACUCUACGCUCUAAACUGAUUCAAGCAAUUGAUCAUAAUGAAGGCUUCAGUUUAAUAUAACUUUGGAAAUAGAACUGAUCAGUUUAUUGCAGAAGCAUUAAACUAAUUAUUUGUGUUUUUCUUGUGGUGAUGGAUUCAACAAGGUGACAGGAGGUACUGUUAUAAUUCUUACUUGCAAAAUGUUCAGUGCUAUGAGUAUUCAUGAAAGCCAAAAAAUAUUAAAAGGAAAAUGAACAAACUGUUAAUAUUAAACUUAUUGUACAGAACCAUGGGUUUUUUUUUGCCAUCUUCCAAUAAACAUACAAGCAUUGUGAAUACAUCAAAGUUUUACUAACAUGAAUUUUAAGGGUUUGCAUAUUUCACAAAUGAUCUGGUGUGUGAGUGCAUGGAAAUGUUGCUUAAUUUUUCUUCAAUCACUGAGUGAAAAAUCUUUACCUUUGGCCUGCAAUAGUCAUCCAAUUAUUUUUUCAUUUUGUAAAUAAUGUUAAGUUUUGUAAUAAAAUAGUUAUGUUCUGAUACCA